AUGACCGUUACACAACGGAAGCCGCAUCACUUACCCGAUGAGAUUCAAACUUUGAACGAGCCUGGCGUGCAGUAUUCGUGCGACGCAUGCGGGACCGACUUGACCCAUACCAUUCGUAUCAAAUGUGCCGAUCCCGUAUGCGUCCCCGGAGAAGGCGUGGACAUAUGUCCGGCAUGUUUCUGUGCUGGAAGGGAAUUCGGAAAGCAUCUCAGAGGUCAUGCAUAUCGCGUGAUAGAGAUGAAUUCAUACCCUAUUUUCACAGAAGACUGGGGUGCUGAUGAGGAGCUCUUACUCCUGACUGGUAUCUCGACGCACGGCAUUGGCAACUGGAAGAAGAUUGCAGAACAUGUUGGCACACGAACCAAGGAGGAAGUAGAGGAGCACUACCGGAAAGUUUACAUUGAGUCGAAGGAUUGGCCUUUGCCUCGGAUGGAUUUGGAGUUCGACAUUGAUUCAGAAGUUUUCCACGACCGUAAACGUCGAAGAAUAACCGCCAUGAAUAAUCAAGAACCCCCUCCACCCAAACCAGCACCAACAUCGUUACCUGGAAUCCACGAAAUUGCCACCUUUCUACCGGGUCGUCUCGAAUUCGAGCACGAAAUUGACAACGAAGCUGAAGAUCUGGUGAAGGACUUGGAGUUUGGCGUUGUGUACGACUAUGGCGGAGACCAAAUCGUGGAGGAUGAGAAUGACCUGGAUGUCAAGGCGCGCGUGAAGUGGGAAGAGGAUAAGCGGUUAGGGUUGUUGCCAGGACAGCGAAGCGGCUCGAUUCCUGCAGGGAAAGGACCAAUGAUUAACGGGGCGGUCAAUGGCUACCACGUUAACGGAGAGGUCAAGAAGCUGAAGUCAGAAGAUAUCACAAUGUCCAAUGGCAGUGGUUCGAACGAAGACGAUGGCUCAGAUGAACCUACUCAGCCACAGCCUUACGAAACGAAGGACUCCAUCACUUUCAAGUUGACACUCCUCGAGAUGUACUUCCAACGCGUGGAAAAGCGUCUGGAGACCAAGGCCCUGAUAUUUGAGCGUGGACUGUUGGAUUACAAGAAGAUGCAAGCUGCGGAGAAGAAGCGGCCGAGAGAAGAACGAGAGUUCCUCCAUCGAUUGCGACCCUUUGCAAGAUUGCAGACCGCCGAAGAUUAUGAGGCCUUCUCAACCGACAUGCUAUAUGAGGCGCUGCUUCGCAAACGGAUACAAGAGCUUCAACAAUACCGUAGACUCGGUCUGUCUACGGUCGCAGACAUCGAAAAAUAUGACAUUGAUCUGGCGAAACGGACCCAAGCCAAGGUUGCUCCUUUGCGCGAUUACGCCUCUGACAGGCUGCAACACCGUGCAACUGGUCGGGCGUCAUCUGGUCCUGAUCCUCGAAGAUCAAGUCUGGUGUCGUUCGACUCGGAAGGUAGAGGCUCUCGCGAGUCGACGCCUCGACUGGGUCCUUCAGCUGGCCCAAGCACUGCACCCACCGUCCGCCGGCCUCCUGCCCCGCUCAAUCUUGCCAACAGCCCUUCAGUCCACCUCCUUACCCCUGCGGAACAAGCCCUGUGUUCUCAUCUACGCAUCCUACCCAAACCUUACCUGGUCAUCAAAGAGACUCUUGUAAGAGAGUAUGCUCGACGAGGUGGCAAGCUUCGUCGGCGUGAGGCUCGCGACCUGGUAAAGAUCGACGUCAAUAAGACGAGUCGUGUGUGGGAUUUUCUUGUUCAGUCAGGCUAUCUCAAGAUCACCACCGAGCCUGCUGCAUCUGCUGCCCCUUUGAUGACUCCCUCUGUCUCUCAGUCGCAAGAAACCAGCUCUAUGCUCGUCCCUUCCCUCAACGGUUCGCCACAGAAGGAUGUCCAGAUGCAGAUGCGAAUAUCCCCUCGACCUCCAGCACCCCCUGCCAUGUCCUCUGCUUCGAGUAGUCAAAAUGGUUCGCUGUACAGUGCAUCUCUGCAGUCGAUACCACAAUCAUGGACAUCCAACCUUUGA